AUGCUUGGACGGCUUUAUGAGCUACGAGAAGAGGUAGCAAUAUUUUUAGAUUCACAGCAGAAGGCAGACUUUCAUGACAAUUUCCAAUCUGAAGGCUUUCAGAUAACUCUAGCUAACCUGGUGGACAUUUUUGAAGCAUUGAAUGCUGUGAACCUUAAACUACAAGGGAAAAGCAUCAACAUCAUCACGCACCAUGACACCAUUCGAGCCUUCAUGGCCAAACUCGACCUCUGGAAAUGUCGGGUUCAGCAGGGAAAUGCAGCCAGUUUUAGGAACUUGGAUUCUGCUCUCGCUGACAGUAACCUCGUCCCUGACUUGAAAGCAGAAUUCAUCAGAUACUUCCCAGAUAUAGAUGACAAGCGUGAAGCCUGGAAAUUCAUCAGGAACCCAUUUCAAUGUGAAGUAGCUGAUGCUGCUGAUGAAGUCCAAGAAGAGUUCCUAGAAUUGAAGUUCAACUCUACAGCUAAAGAAGACUUCAAAGAUAUGGAUUUGGAGACGUUCUGGGGCAAAUACCUUCCCGUUUACCUUCUGAUCUCACAUCAGGCUCUUCGGAUUCUAACAAUGUUUGGAUCCACAUAUCUAUGUGAAACUGCAUUUUCCACGAUCGUUGCUAUCAAAACCAAGUACAGAAACCGCCUGAACGUUGAAGGGGACUUACGUUGUGCACUCUCAAGCAUUCGACCAUGUAUUCAAGAUCUGGUAGCUUAG